AGGCAGAGACACAAGGAACUGCAGAAGCUGGAAUCCUGAGCAAAACACAUUGAGCGUCUUUGCAAGAGGCAGGGUGGGAGGAGAUGUAGUCAAGGUAACAGUGGGUUUUUAGUAGAUGUCAGAUGUCUGCCCCCUGUGAUAGAGGGAGCGAGAUUGAGAAAGAGAAGGGAGUUGUCGUAGAUAGUCUGAAGAAGAGUCCCGACCUGAAACAUCUUUUGUCCAUUCUCUCCACAGAUGCUGACUGACCUGUUGAGUUCCUCCAGCACUUUGUGUUUUGCUGAAUAUAUUGGGCAGAUUUGUUCGAAUUGUUACUGCUGGUUAAAGGGCUGCUUGACAUUUUCUGGAGACUUUUCAGGAAUAUAAAGAAGGGAGGAAAGGCAGAAGUUAGUGAAGGCAGAUGGGGUCCGCAGUCGCACCUCCUGAAGUGGACGCAUCAGUAGCUGGGGUGAUUGCAUUGUCCCUGGGUCAGGCAGCUGUGGUUUCGGGAGUCAGCUCUGAGACAUGGACUGACCAAGCAGUUAAGUCAUUGCACCAUCUCUCUCAUGCUCAUCUCUUGAAACAAGGCUGUAUUUGUCUCUAGGAUCAAAUGCAUUAAUUCAGAGAAGAGGAGGGGAGGGUAUUUUGUAUUUAUUCAUUUUUCAGGUUUUUCCACUUCAAUGCAGGAGUUAUCAUCUUUGAAGAGGCCAACAGGUUUCUCUCUCACAAACCAGUAGGAAUUCUUAUGGUAACCCAAUCACUUCAUGGAUACCAUUAGCAACAUUGGUUUUUUUACCAAAUUCAAUUCAAGAUUAUUUUUAACAGUUGCCAAGACAGGAGUUUGAACUGCCAUUUGUUGGUAGAAACCUCUGGUUUAUCAGCUCAGUAAUGGGUGUGACAACUUAAUACUCAUUAUCCUGACACAUAAUCAACCAAUUUGGAACGGAUUUGAACGGAUUACAUGGCGAUGUUGGGGUGUCACUCGCAGGAGUUUGUUGGGAGCAAAUUGGCUGCCAUGUUUCCGACAUUGUCAUGGGGACCUCAGUGAGGCAUGUUACGGAAACCCAAGGAGUCUGCUGCAGAAAUGAAAGUCCUUUUCUUCUUACCCAGCGAGUUCAGAGCUGAGGCGACAAGCUGCUCAGAGUGACCGGCCCCAAAACACUCCACAGAAGAACAAGGCCGCGCUCCAAUCCUGUGCCCACCCGAUCCACACAAACGGUGACAUAACGGAGCAGUGAGGAACAUCAACCCAUCAUGUGGAAGUCACUGACCAUUCAUUUCACCGAGGUCUCAACAAAACAUUUCCACUCACAUUCAGCGGUGAGUUACUGUGCCUUCUCUCGUGAUGGCUACUUACUAAUAGCAGGGUGUGAAGACGGCAGCAUUCGAGUCUGGCAAAUUGGAACUGGGAACCGUCUACUGACGGCUAAAGGUCACAAAGGCCCAGUGAAGGUUUGUGUGUUCUCCGCUGACGCCAAGCUCUUUGCCAGCGGGUCGAAAGAUUGCACGGUGAGGGUGUGGAACACUGACCAGGGCACGUGCCUGCACGUGCUCAAAGGACACACUCAGAGUGUGGAGAGUGUGUGCUUCAGCAGAAACUCGAAGCUGCUCGCAUCUGGAAGUUAUGACAACAAAGCAAUUCUGUGGGAUCAAGAGUUGGGUGGACUUGUGAAGAUUUUCGCCACGCAUCGGAAAGUCAUUAAAGCCUGUGCAUUUUCAAAGGAUGAACAAUAUUUGGCCACUGGAUCCUGGGAUUGUACAGUCUUGCUGUGGGAUGUAAAGACAUUGAAACGCCUGCAGUCUUUGAAGGGUCACUCGGCCAAAGUGAGCUGCGUGGCAUUUUCCGGCAUUGGAAUGUUGGCUUCAGGAUCCUGGGAUAACACUGUCCGUGUGUGGGAUCCAGAGAAAGGGGUCCUGAUCUUCGUUCUGGAGGGGCACAAAGGGCCACUGAUGACCCUUGCAUUCUCUCUGGAUGCAAUUCUACUGGUGACGGCAGCCCAUGAUAGGAAGGUUUGUAUCUGGGAUUGUGAAGACGGAACGUGUAAGAAGGUACUUCAGGGGCAACUGGACAUUGUCACCUGUUGCCAGUUUUCUAGUUUAGACACUAUUAUGAUUGCAGGGAUCUCUGCGAUUGAUCAGACCAUGAUAGAACCUGCCGUCAGUUUAGCUGAGACCAAACCACUCACCCAUGAGAAUGAUACCUGAUCGAUCUUCUGCAAUAUUUCUGUCUUUGUCCAAGCGCACUGCUUAAAAAAAAAACCCGUUGCAGAAUUACAUUAUUAAUUAAAAUAUCAGGAAUCCACCAAGUUUGUAAGAUCUGCACAUUCUUGUGAGGGAUUAGUGUCGCAAGAAGAUCCCAUCACACCGAAAAGAUGGGAUUUCAUCAGGGUUUGAUCACCCAUUCACGCUAGUUCUGUUAUCCCACUUUCUCAUCUAUUCCCUACACACUCGGGGCAAUUAACAGAGGCCAAUUAACCCACAAACCCGCCCGUCUUUGGGAUGUGGGAGGAAACCGGAGCACCCAAAGGAAAAAAAAUCACAGGGAGAACAUGCAAACUCCACACAGACAGCACUUGAGGUCAGGAUCGAACCUGGGUUCCUGGUGCUGUCGGGAACAGCGGCUUUACCAUCUGCUGCCCUUUAAAAUUGUUACCACAGCUCAUUCUUGUCGUGAAAUACAGGUGGAGUGUAGGAAUACUUCAGGUGUGUCAAUCAGAGACACAAGUGGAAAAUUAUUCUGCUCAUGAUAAGUCCGGCUCACAGAGUCUCCCUCACAUCAUCAUGUGCUGUGACUACAC